AUGAAACGUUUAUUACGUGUACGUGAAGAAGCCAAAAAUUUUGCGACUAAUGAAAAUAUCCUCUAUAAUAGUGUUGUUAAAAAUAUAGUCUAUUCUGAUACUGCAGUCAAUAUAACACUUGCCAAUGGAACAACUAUUCUUGCUGAUUAUGCUAUCUGCACAUUUUCAAUAGGUGUUCUCCAACAUAAUGAUGUUAAGUUUAUACCAACAUUUCCAUCGUGGAAACGAGAAGCAAUCUUUGCAAUCAAAAUGGUAACUUAUACAAAAAAUUUUCUGAAAUUUCCUCGCAAGUUCUGGAAAAAUACUCAAUUUUUUCUAUAUGCAGAUUCUUAUCGAAGAGGUUAUUAUCCACAAUGGCAAUCACUAAGUGAAAUAGGAUUUCUUCCUCGCAGUAAUAUCCUAUUUGUAACGGUUGUCACUGAUGAAUCGUAUGUAGUUGAAGCACAAAGCAAUAACCAGACAUUAUCACAAAUAAUGACAGUAUUGAAAUCAAUGUUUGGUAACGAUAUUCCCGAUCCGGACAACUUUUACUAUUAUCGUUGGAAUCAAGAUCCAUUGUAUCGUGGUUCGUACAGUAACUGGCCCACAGGAACUUCAGAGUGUCAAUUUGCAAAUGCUCAAAGAUCUAUUGGACGACUGUAUUUUGCAGGUGAGGCAUAUUCCCAAAAAUACUUUGGCUUUGUUCACGGUGCAUAUAUGGAGGGAUUGAGAGUAGGUAAACUAGUUGCUGAUUGUGUUUCUGGAAAUAGCUGUGUUACAAGCAAUCUGGACUACUCAUGUCAACGCUAAUAAUCAUAGCAACUCAUGACGUUUAUCAUACUCAUAGACUAAUCAUUUUCUAUGAAUUAAGGACAUGUAGGGAAAGUAAUAUAUUUAUUAAAAACUGAUUCUAAACAUUAUAAGGUGUACUUCGACUAUUUCUAUGAUCCUUUGUAUCUCUAAUGGUGAUGUCGCACGGUGAGAACAUCAAUCUUUAAUAUCUCUUAAUAUCUUCUUUUUAUCAUUUUUCUCGUGUAUGUCUUAUUUAUUUUACUGUUUUCUUUUUCAUUUUUUUACGAAAUAAAACUUGACACAUGUCCAUUAACGCAAAUAACAUUUAUUGUAUACAUUUAAACCUACGGUCACUUUUUAACCGAAAUAAUGAGCAUACGCGAUAAAAAUUUAAAGAAACAAACGCACAUGGUUAGCGACUUUAAAAAAUCAACGUGAAAACGAUUCAUAUGAAUACCGACAACUGAAAGUUACAUUAAUACUCGAUUAAAACAGUUUUCAACUUAAAUAAAACUCAGCUACCUAUUUAACAAAAAUUUUUUCACAUUAAGGAUAGCCUAAGAUUGUUUUUCUAUAACAUUGAACUACCUGAAAUAUUUUUUUACUUACUGUUAAGUUUUAACAAGACUUUCCAUAAAGAGAGCUUAGAUUUGAGAAAAACGUUAAGGAAGUUUUAGAAGUUGAACUUUCGUUGAAAUCUCUAAAAACUGAUUUUAAAAUGGAGUAUACUCAAUGUUUCACUUUAGACCUUCAAAAUGGCACAUCAAAUUAAAUUAAUUAUUGCCAUCGGAUAUUCUCACACGGUAGAAUAUAUUUGGUCGGUAUUCUAUCUAAAUCUACUUUAUAUGAAUGAAUAUAAAAAAACAAAAAAUUUUACCAAAAGUACAAAAUAUCUCAAAACCAUAGUAAUAGGCAAGGAGAAAACACCGUACUUCGUACUUUAAAGUACUUUAAUGUACUUUGAGGUACUUGAAGGUACUUUGAAGUACUUUAAUGUACUUUAGUCUAGUUUAAUAUAUUUCAACUUAGGAUGAUAAUUUAUUGUUAUUGUUAUACAUAAAAAUAACUUUUUUCUUCUUAGUAUUAUUUAACAUUUUUUGUUAUUUGUUAUCAAUCACAGAAACAUAACAAAUAAAUUCUUUUCUUAAUUAGAAAUAAUCGAUAUAUAAUAAAUUUUUAUUUAGAACCAAAUUCUAAACUCGAAUCGCUAUCGGAUUCUCAAGGCAUACCAUAUAGAAGUAAUCUUGGGCCCCCAUAUGCUAUACUUUGGAGGCAUCCUUAAGUUCCCAAGGUCU